AUGUUCACCAAACGAACCCUGGCCCUGGCUUUAGUUGCCUGGCUCACUCCUGCCUCCGCAAGCCAGACAUUCCCUGUCCGCGCCGUACAAGAGAUCAACGAAGAAGCCACUGCUCAAGCUCACCAAAGGGAUGAAACGGCGACCCGGGCCUUCUCGGAUAUCCAAAUUCAGACAUCAGAUGGGCGGUGUCUCUUUGUCGACCCCCUAUCAGGGGACUUUCGAGCCAACCUGACGCCGGUCCAGGUUGCAGAAUGCGGAAGCACUGACGGCCAGGGCUGGGAUGUCAUCACCGAAGGCAUCCACAAUGAUCGGCCGGGGGCGACGCUGGUCGUGAACACGCUCACACAAGCUUGCUUGAACUUCGACGGCCGGGGUGGUCGAGUCAACCUUUUCUCGUGCGGUGGACGGGCGGGGGGCGGCGGUGGGGUGACGGACUCGCAGCUAUUCGCUUAUGAGGGCGGCAACGAGCCCCUGGCCUUCCGGCCCCAGAACGGUGAAGGCCAGUGCCUUGCGGUGGAGGGCGAUGCGCUGACGAUUUCUGACUGCGCGGGAGGGGAGGCGUCGCAGACGUUUACUUUUGCAUCAGAAGCGUCAGAGGCUUCUACCCCUCAGCCUACCCCUGAACCAGCUGUCCCUGAAGCUUCAGAGCCUCCCACCGUUACGGAAGCGCCUGCUGAUCCGACGGAUAGCGCCCCGACGGAGCGCAUUCCCGUGUCGCGGGCGGGAGGCUUCCUGAAUCCUACAGCAGCGGCCGAGGCCCACCGAUUCGACAGGACGGCGACUCGGCCGGUGCAAUACGUCUCGAUCCGGGCAUCCACGGGCCAGUGCGUUUCGGUGGACCCAACGGCAGGGGACUUCCGACAGAAUGUGAUCCCGCUGGAGCUGGUGCGGUGCGGAGGCCGCGUGAACGAGAAGUUCGACCUGAUCACGGCGGGGCGGAACAACAACGGGUCGGUGAAGGGCGGGGCCCUGGUGACGAGCGUGUUGACGAAUGGGUGCGUGAGUACGGACGGAAGGCGCGCGGCGGACGACAACGUCACGCUCUUUUCGUGCGGCGGGCGGGCCGGAGGAGAAGGGGAGACGGACGCCGGGCAACUGGUCAGGAUUGAUCUGGACAGCGACGAAUUUGUGUGGAAGCCUGCCAACGGGGGCGAAGACCGGUGUAUCGUUCCUGGGGACGGGAGACUGGUGCUGGGCCCUUGCGGCGAGGAAGCGACAUUCACUAUUAUUCACGUCGGCCCUGAUGCCUAA